CCUCUGCUCCAAAAUUUUUAUUUAUAACUCUGUGCAGGAAUUCAUGUAGGCAGGUGUUUUUUAAUUGUCCCCCAGUUCUGGGGCACACUUCCAAACUCACAAGAACCUCACCAGAUGGCAGAUCACCACUGCCAUCGCCUGAGCCCCAGGUGGUGGAAAACAGCUCUGGUCCUGAGGAAGAGCCCAGUUUCAAGGAAAGAAACAUGAGAAAGAGGUACCCUGGCACCUCCCAGGGCGGGGCUUUCUGGCUUGCUUUCCUCCAGGCUCUUUCUCUGCACCCAAGGACUCUUUUAGCCUCAUUUCCUGAUCUCACCGCCUCGCCUCUGCUGCUGUUGCACUCGGGGACAGAUGGGAAUGCAGCAGACAGGACUCGCCCUCCUGGCUUUGGCUGCCUGUGCGGCUUUUCGCCCCUCGGAAGCCAUACUUCCCAUUGCCUCCAGCUGCUGCACCGAGGUUUCACAUCAUAUUUCCAGAAGGCUUCUGGAAAGAGUGACGACAUGUCGCAUCCAGAGAGCUGAUGGGGAUUGUGACUUGGCUGCUGUCAUCCUUCAUGUCAAGCGCAGAAGAGUCUGUGUCAGCCCGCACAAUCACGUUAUUAAGCAGUGGAUGAAAGAACAAGCAGCCAAGAAAGAGACUAAAGGCAACAUUUGCCAUAAGAAGAGACACCACGGGAGGAGGAACAGUCAAGGGGCGCGUCAGGAAAGGCAGGAAACACAUGGCCAUAAAACGCCUUAUUAGAGAAGGUACAGAUGAAGCUACACAGAUGAGUCCUGAGUGAACUUGGCCAUGGCUGGUUAUAAAAGUAUCAUGCGAAUGUUCCUUAUUGGGAGCAAACAGGGCAAAACAAAAUAUAUUUUUCAAGGGGAUAAUUAUACAGAUGCAAACAUUGCCAAUAAUAUACUCAACUGAAAAAAUGAAGUGAAAAGAGAAUACUUACCUUCACAUAAUAUUUGAGGAGCAGCAUACAGAUCUAAUUUCUCCAACUUUUUUACUAGGAUGUUUUCCAAAUCUGCAAAGAAGUUGAAAGAGUGGUACUGCGAACAUCUGCAUGCCUUUACCUAGAUUAAUUGUUGUUAAUAUUCUGCCAUAUUUGUUUUUUCUCUCUCUUCUCUCCUUGUACAUGUAUAUAUAAAACAUUAUAUAUACAAAGUUACAAAUUUUUUCCUGAACCAUUUUGAAAACAAGUUACAAACAUCAUGACACUUCACUCCUAAAUUUUUUUUAGUGUUUCAACUUGACAUCCGUCAAGAACAAAGAUAUUUUCUAUAGAAUCAUGCCAUCAGCUUUAUACCUAAAAAGGCAGCAGUUUAAUCAUCUAUAUGAUAUAAUAUAUAUGUUCAUAUUCUAUAAUCAUAUAUAUGUUCAUAUUCUAAUAUAUGAAUGUAUAUAUGAAAUAUAAACAUAUAUAUUCGACCCAGGGAUUGAACCCAGGUCUCCUGCAUUGCAGACAGAUUCUUUACCAUCUUGGGAAGGUCCCCUGGAGGAGGCCAUGGCAAUCCACUCCAGUAUUCUUGCCUGGAGAAUCCCAUGGACAGAGAAGCCUGGCGGGUUACAGUCCAUGGGGUCGCAAAGACACUACUGAGUAACUAACAACUUUACUUUUCAGGAUCACAUCCAGAUUUAGCAUUUUCGGUAAGAAUUCUUCCUAUGUGAAUUUGUAUAUUUCGUAGUGCACUAUUUAGAGUUUGUGAACAGUGACGUUCAUUUUUUACACAGAAGACUUUGGAUUGACAAAUUCUGACGCUUAAAAAAAAAAAGCCUGGUUUGCUCUGGGAGCCACCUGCCUCCUACAGUCAGUUGUUGGAGCAGACUUGUCAGGGAUCCAGAGAUGGGUCCUGUAUGAGAUGAUUUCACAGUUUCCUAAACAAGGAGACUACAUCCUUUCAUUCCUAACACACCUUUACCACGCCUUGUGGGUCGAUCCCCAAGGUUCUGCUAAUCCUUUGGCUUCCUUGCUCACAGAGGCUGUAGAAUAAGAGGUAGUUCUCGUCAAUAGCCACCAGAUGGCAGGAGCAGAGCGUGCACUCAGCCAAGCGUCAGCAGUCUGGCUCUCCUCUGGGCCACCCCCAGGCAGUGGCGUUGCCAGGAUGACCCAGAGGUGCUGAACCUGAUAUAAGCUAAAGCUAUCACCAAACGACAGUCGGUCUAAUAUUCCUCAUGAACACUAAUUUAGCAUCAGUGAGCUUUGUAUUGGUAUUUCUAAUUUUUUUAAUUUUUUUUUUCAUUUAUUUUUAUUAGUUGGAGGCUAAUUACUUUACAAUAUUGUAGUGGUUUUUGUCAUACAUUGACAUGAAUCAGCCAUGGAUUUACAUGUAUUCCCCAUCCCGUUCCCCCCUCUCACCUCCCCCUCUACCCGAUCCCGGUAUUUCUAAUUUUUGAAUGAAGAAAUCAGAGGCUUAUGGGGUAAAAUGACCUCCCCAAGGGCACAUGGUAAGUGGCAGGGACAAGCCUUGCGCCCACGUCUCCAGGUCUCCUGUUCUCCCGUCACCCCAGCAGUGGGCCCUAGAAGGUGCGCGCCUACCUGGAGGUGCAGAGGAGGACUGCAGGUAAAGAUCUGUGCCUCUGGUGCUCCAAAAGGGCCAGGGAUGCCUGCGGACAGUUUUACCUGGGUCUAGAAUGAAGAACGUUGCUCCUGGCCUUGGUGGCCCUGAUCCUGGCAAAAACCGUCUUCAUAAAUUAGAAAGUGCCCCAACCCGAUUUUAUUGAGUUAAGCACAAUGAAGGAGAUUUUAUUGAGUUAAGGCAGUGAAGGAAAUCGCACACUGUUCAUGGCCUUUGUUUUGCAAAAUCUCCCUCACUAGUGUCUUCUUUCCAACCUAAAGACAGAUUUUGUCCAAAAAUACAGGCUUUUCCCCCACUCAAUUCCAUCAUGCUUUUUAAUACGAUAAGAUGGGUAAUCCUGAGGAAAAUGAUUCCUAAAUAGCUUAGUCUGUUCCACUUGCUUUAAUAAAAUACCACAGACUGAGGGACUUAUAGUCAGCAAACAUUUACUUCUCACAGUUCUGGGGGUGGGGAAGUCCAGGAUGGUGGUGAGGCAGAUUCAGUGUCUGGGUGCGGGGGCUGUCUUCAGAGCUGAAGACUGCUGACUCCUCCGUCUCUGUGUCCUCACGUGGCGGAGAAGACUGGAGGCUCUCUGGACCCUCUGUUACAGGGCAGGAAUCCCAAAGACACCACCCACUAAUACCAUCCACUUUGGGGAUUAAGAUUUCAACAUACGAGAUUUUUUUAGUUUAAGUUGCUCAGUCGUGUCCGACUCUUUGUGACCCCAUGGACUGUAGCCCGCCAGGAUCCUCGGUCCAUGGGAUUCUCCAGGCAGGAAUACUGGAGUGGGUUGCCAUUCCCUUCUCCAGGGGAUCUUCCCAACCCAAGGAUCGAACCCAAGUUGGGGGACACAAAGAUUCAGACUGUAACACUAAAUACUCUUUUUUGAUCUCAUAGUCCUAUCAUCCAAGUGUCUUCAAGUUUCAGGUUCUAAAAACUUAAAAAACUCACAUUAAAUUUGUAAUGUAAAUAUAAUAUUAAUUAAUGUAUUGUAAAUUAAAAAUUAAAUAAUGUAAUGUAAUUACAUUAAAUCUCAGUUCAGUUCAGUCUCUCAGUCGUGUCUGACUUGUUGUGACCCCAUGGACUACAGCAUGACAGGCUUCCCUGUCCAUCACCAACUCCCGGAGUUUACUCAAACUCAUGUCCACUGAGUUGGUAAUGCCAUCCAACCAUCUCAUCCUCUGUUGUCCUCUUUUCCUCCUGCCCUCAAUCUUUCCCAACAUCAGGGUCUUUUCAAAUGAGUCAGUUUUUCGCAUCAGGUGGCCAAAGUAUUGGAGUUUCAGCUUUAGCAUCAGUCCUUCCAAUGAAUAUUCAGAAUUGACUUCCUUUUGGAUUGACUGGUUUGAUCUCUUUGCAGUCCAAGGGACUCUCAAGAGUCUUCUCCAACACCAUAGUUCAAAAGCAUCAAUUCUUUGGCACUCAGCUUUCUUUAUAGUCCAACUCUCACAUCCAUACAUGACUACUGGAAAAACCAUAGCUUUGACUAGAUGGACCUUUGUUGGCAAAGUAAUGUCUCUGCUUUUUAAUAUGCUGUCUAGGUUACAUUAAAUUUAAAAUAAUAAAAUAAUAACUUGAGAGUAACUUAAAAGUCAAUUAAUUGAUCUAAUUAAUCAUAACAUAGGGAAUAAUACUAUUAAUAAAUAAUGAACAACAUUAAUGAAAAGCUAAAAUGAAAACAUUGGUGUCUAAUCCUCUCAACAAACUUGAACUAUUUUCAGUUUUGUUUUCCUUCCAGUCCAGAUCCAGAAUUCUACAUACUUUUUUGUAGCUAUUAGGACAGUAAGUUUUAUGCUAUAUUUUAGAAUUUUUAUUUUACUGCAAUGCAAAUAAAUGAAACUUUCUAUAAGGGAGAACAGCUUCUUAAAGAAAUUCCAUUUGACAGGGUAUCAUAUGUGCUUAUUUAAACAUUACUGUGUCACCAAUACUGCACUAUGAGUAGAUCACCUCGGUUAACCCUCUAAGGUUUUUUUAGAUUACAUUUUUAUUAAAGCAAUGCAAGUGUGUAGUAAAAAAUUUAAAAAGGGCAGCAGAAUUUAUCAUGAACAAUAACAUCCUCUUUCUCUGUCCUCCCUCUUCCCAGACCUGCUUCUAUGAUGCGACUUCUUUUAAACUUUUUAAGUUUUGUUCUCCUGGUGGUGUGUGGGAAGAAAACCUUUUCUUCCACCUUCUUAUUUUUCCCAACUGUGUCUGAAAAUUCAACUGACAAACACAGAUUAAUGGGAAAAAAGCCUAUACCUUUAUUUAAUAUACAUUUUGUGUGACAUGGGAACCUUCAAAAGGAAAUAAAAACCCAAAAAAGCAAACCUGAGUAGUUUUAUGCCAAGUUUGAUGGCGAAUAGGUAGUCAUUCAUCGAAAUAAAUGUGAUAGAACAAAGAACAUGAAGGCAGUGUGGCCAGCUUGGGGAAAGUUAGCAAGACCUGUUUGUUGAGAGUGAGUGAAGUCACUCAGUCGCGUCUGACUCUUUGUGACUCUAUGGACUGUAGCCUACCAGGCUCCUCUGUCCAUGGGUCUUUCCAGACAAGGGUACUGGAGUGAGUUGUCAUUUCCUUCUCCAGGGGAUCUUCCCAACCCAGGGGUCGAACCAGGGUCUCCCGCAUUCCAGGCAGACGCUUUACGGUCUGAGCCACCAGGAAGACCUGUUUGUUAGGAUUCUUCUUUAUGUCCCUUUAUCUUCAGAGAUAAGGCUGCUCAUCUCCUGCACAUAUAGGAAGGAUACCUGUCACCUGAAGGUUUUAUGACCUGUUUCAGGGAGGAAAGAUGGGGGAAAGUCAGAAAGAUCUUCAUGCCUCUGCUGUUUUCUUGAACUCCUUCAGCUUAAAAUAUUUAAUAUCUAAGGUGCCGUGUUUUGGGGUAGUGUGUUCUGAACCCCAUCAGUGGUUACCUCCAUAAUUUCAAAUGAAAACUUUAAAUAUUACUUAUUUAUCAAUUUUAGGCAAUUUCUAUUGUCUCCUCAUUGCAUCCUAUUUCCCUUUCUUUCUCCCUCCUCAUCUUGAUAGUUUUAUCACUGUUAUUUUUCUUUAUCUUUAUAAUUUGAAUAGUAUACCCACCUUCCUUCAUUAGUCCAUUAAUUCUAGAAUUUCAGUCUCCUCUUUAUGUAAAAUGUAAAUACCCCAUUCUCCUUUUUUUCCUUCUAUCCUUUUAUUUUGUGCCAUAUCACCUAUAUUUUUACAUUUAAUGUAACUAUAAUUCUGUACUAAAAUAAUAAUCAUUUUUCAUGCUUUAAGAGUCUCUCAACUCUAGCACUACUGACAUCUUUGGCUGCUAAUUCUUUACUAUGGUGACUCUCCCAUACUUUAUAGGUGAAUUAGCAGCAUCUCUGACCUCUAUCCACUACACGACAUUCAAAGCUGUCUCCAGAUAUUGCCAAACAUGUUCUAGGAGAGGGGAGUAAAUUUACUCUCAACCCCAGUUGGGAAUCACUAGCCUAGAAUCUAAGAUAGGUUCUAAAAUUGAAAACUCUGUAGCUGGAAAUUUUCUAAAAUGACCCCUAUAAUUCCCUGCCCUGGUAUACAUAUACCUUCCAAACACUAAUCUAGGUGUUGCACUUUUUUUUUUUUUCAUUUAUUUCCACCAGUUGGAGGCCAAUCACUCCACAAUACCACAGUGGGUCUUGUCAUACAUUGACAUGAAUCAGCCAUGGAUUUACAUGUAUUCCCCAUCCCGAUCCCCCUUCCCACCUCCCUCUCUACCCAAUCCCUCUGGGUCUUCCCAGUGCACCAGGCCGGAGCACUUAAGGUAACAAAUCAGUUGAUUGUAAAAUAGGGAGAUUAUCUGGUGGGAAUGACUUAAUCACAGGAGCCCUAUAAGACUGAGUCUAUAGGUCAGAGACAGAGCAGUCAGUUUCAAAACAUGAGAAGGAUUCAAUAUGCCACGAUUGGCUUUAAGGACAGGAGAAAGGCCAAGUCCCAAGGAAUGUGGGCGGCCUGCAGUUACUAAAAGAGGGCCCCAGCUGACAGAUAGCAAAGAAAUAGAGGCCUCAUUCCUGUAACUAUAGAAACUUCCCUUGUGAUUCAGAUGGUAAAGAAUCCUCCUGCAAUGCAGGAGAUCCGGGUUCAAUCCCAGGGUUGAGAAGAUCCUCUGGAGAAGAAAAUGGCAACCCAUUCCAGAAUCCCUGCCUGGGAAAUCCCAUGGAGAGGAGCCUUGCUGAUCCCAUUUGACAGUCCAUGGGGUUACAAGGGUCGGAUAUGACUUGGUGACUAAACCAUCACCACCACCACCUACAAGGAGCCUCAUUCAGCCAGGAAUAAGAAUGAGCUUGCAGCAGAUUCUCCCACAGAGCCUCCAGAGGGAAUGCAAUCCAGUCAGUAUCUUGAUUUCAGCCUUCUGCUACCCUAAGCAGAGAACCCAGUCACACCACCCGUUUGGACUUCUGGCUUACAGAUUCUGAGCUACUAAAUGGGUGUGGUUUAAGUGGGCUUCCCUGCUAAUACAGCUGGUAAAGAAUCUGCCUGCAAUGCAGGAGACCCCGGUUCAAUUCCUGGGUUGGAAGACCCCCUGGAGAAGGGAUAGUCUACCCCCUCCAGUAUUCUUGCUUGGAGAAUCCCAUGAACAGAGGAGCCCGGCAGGCUGCAGUCUGUAGUGUCUCGCAAAGAGUCUGACACGACUGAGCUACUUUCACUUCACUUCUUUUAAGUGGUUAAGUUCAUAGAACUUUUUAAAUGCAACAGUAAGAAGCUAGCACAACCAAUGAGUGGCUCUUUUACCCUCCUGACUACAUAAGUAUUGUUCGCUUGCCAGGUCAAGUUGUGUACUAGAGUUUAAUAUCCUUCUCAAAAAAUGAACCCUGCAUAAUUCCCUAUUCAGACAACUUGAGCCUGAUAAAACACAACUACUUUCUUCAUUAUUUGUGUGCUUUAGAUAUUUGACUUCUUUCUCAGGUUUGGCCAGGCCUCCCUGUGAGCCCUGGAUUUUUACACUAUCCAUGGACAAAUAGAACUGUGACACAUUUCAUAAUUUAUAUAACCGAUUUGAUGCUCUUUUAACAAUUGUAGCAAUUUUCUUCUUUUUUUAUUUUUGUAAAAUCAGGUGUUCCAUGUAGUAAAUGUAAGAGAAUUCCAAGUUCAUCCUAUUCUCUCCCCAAUACUAUGACUAUGCUCUGUCUUUUAAUUCACUGACAGAUAAUUGGAUCACUUAACAUAUUGUAGUCUAUCCAUCUUGUUGCUAUGCUACUUUUGCAAAAACUACCGAAACAAUAAACAUCCCCUUCCUUCAUCCAGAGCUUAGCACAUAGUAGGCACUCAAUAAAUAUGUACUAAAAAAAAUAUGUAGGCAACUGACCUCUUGUUUGGCCAAUUACUGUGAAAAUAAGACACCACAAGAGGCCUGCAUUCCUGUAAUGACCAGCCUCUACUGAAGAGUGAGAGGGAUACUAAGGGUUAAAUGCUGCAGGGUCCUGGCCUGGGACCUGACAAUAACUAAACCCAGUGUUACUGGGCUCCAUUGUUUUCAAGAUUUUCUACAUCUCAGAAUGUUUGUCUUUUACCUCUUUUAGCUCUGACAUCAGCCUGCCCAUAAAAUGAACUUUAUCUCCGUUUCUGUUUACCUUUCUCCCAGGUCAUAAUUUUCUGUAUUAGUGAAUUACAGAACCUUCUCUGCAGAAGGAAAUAGGGCAGAAGAAACGGCUUCUGACAGGUUGACUUUGCUGAACCCAGACCACACUGAAGGCAAAUUGUAUAAUCACCAAGAAAAGCUAGGUUUACGAGGAAGUGGGGGUCUUGGGAAUUAUAAGAAGUGAAGAAAAGAGGUGACUUCCUAUUUGAGUCUCAGCUUUCAGAGUUACCCUGGACUCACCAAAAUGGCUAAAAUUAAAAAGAAGAUGCUAAAUGUUGGGACUCAUGUGUGCUGGUGGGGAUGUAAAUUAAUAACAUCACUUUGGAAAACUGUCUAGUAAUAUCUACUAAAGCUAGAUACCUACCCUAUGACCCAGAAAUUCUAUGCUUAAGCAAUAUCCAGUUAAAUAAAUACGUUCACCAAAACACAUACAUAAGAAUAUUCAUAGCAACAAAUGAGAACUAAGUGCUCAUCCAUAGUAGAAUGAAUAGAUUUAAAAUGUUACAUUCAUUAAUGGAGAAGAUGUGGAGAAAAAGGAACCCCCUACACUGUUGUUGAAAAUGUAAAUUGGUGCAGCCAUUGUGGAAAACAGAAUGGAGGUCCUUAAAAAAUUAAAAGAGAGAAGGAAAUGGCAACCCACUCCAGUAUUCUUGCCUGGAAAAUUCCAUAGAUAGAGGAGUCUGACCGGCCACAGUCCAUGGGUUUGCAAGAGCUGGACAUGACUCAGCGAUUAAACAACAGUGGAGGUUCCUUUAGAAAUUAAAAUAAAAAUUAAAAAUCCCAAGAGUUACCAUAUGAUCUAGCAGUUACCAUAUGAUCCAAGGUAGCAGUAAAGAAUCCGCCUGCCAAUGGAGGAGAUGCAGGAGAUGCCGGUUCGAUCUCUGGGGUGGGAAGCUCCCUUGGAGGAAGAACUGGCAACCCACUCCAGUAUCCUUCCCUGGAAGAUUCCUUGGAUAGAGAAACACACUUCCCAGACAGAGUGUAGGCCAUCUCAGAACACCCUUGUUUGAGCCUGUUGAGAGAGUCUGAAGCCCAAGACCAAGCUCAGCUGUAUCUGGAUUACUGACCCACAGAUACUGUAAGAUAAUAGAGGUGUGUUGUGUCAAGCUGUAAAUUCUGAGGCAAUUGGUUAUGCAGCAGUAGAUAAUGAAUAUAAAAGAGAUAAUGUAAUCAGAGAAAGUGGUAACAAAUCCUAAAGUAUUUUGUAAAUGUUUAUUUAUUCUUUUACUUAUUUGGUUGCAUCCUGGGUCUUAGUUGCAGCACGCAGGAUCUUUAAUUGCAGCUUUUGGAUUCUCAGAUGCAGCAUGUGGGAUCUAGUUCUCUGACCAGGGAUCAGACCCAGGCCCCCUGCAUUGGGAGCAUGGGAUCUUAGCCACUGGACCACCAGGGAAGUCUCAUUCUUCUUCUUUUUUGUUUUUUCUUUAAUUUUUGACUGCACCCCACUGCAUGUGGCACUUUAGUUCCUCAACCAGGGAUCAAACCUGGACUGACAGGGAAGUCCAACAAAUUCUACAAUUAAAGAACACACACUGAGGAUUGGGAAUCAGGUGAGGUAGCUUCUUUUAAAUGCUUUAGUAGAAAAUAUGGUCGAGAGCUACAGUGAGAGCUAUUGAUAUAAAAGGCCGAGAGAAACUGAGGAAAAGGGAACUGCUUAACUUCAAACACAGGUAUUCCAAGCCUGGCAAAAACCUCAGUGACAGGAUAUCCGAAGCCAAAUGGAGUGAAGAUUAAUGCAAUAUUUAGAUUUGAAAAACUGCUAUUAUCUUGAAAUGUCAGGAAAGACACUGAGGAAUAAGAGGAAUUGUUUCUUAUUUAAUAAUUUGAGAAGAUCUCAUUUCUGACUAUAUAAAAGCCAAAUACUCGAAUCAAGUAUCUUUUAUUGACAUUGACAUGGCGUCAUACAUCUGAACAUAAAAAUCCCAAUAAUUACUUGAUUAUUUUUUUUUUUAAUCAGGCUCAGCCUAAAUUCUGCUGAUUUAGGAUUCUGAUCAAGAAGCCUUAUCCAUGGCAGUUCCCCAUGAAGUUCAAAGCUCAAACCAGAGG